AGCAUGGUGGCGGGCUUCCUCCUAAAGGCCAUUAACAUUAAGUUAGCUCUUAUACAUCCAAUCUCAUUUAUUUCUUAAGUUGUCAGCUCCGAAAAGAGGGUAACGAAAGGCCUUGAAAUAUGGUUGAAAUUGUGAUAAGAGAGAUCCCCGUGCUCGGUUCAAAGUCACGCGAUAUCACCGCAGUCACGCUUGAGAUCGCGAUUCUGAAGUUAUGGAUUAGUUCAAAACAAUGAUUUUGGAAUGGCCGAAGAACCAUUCAGCAUCCAGAAGGUGCAGGGAUACGACAAUAUUUAUUUGUUUCGGGAGAGGUUCUUUGAUUCUCCAAAUCAAGCUAACAUUUGGCUGGUCAAAGGCACCGAGAAAGAUUUGGUAAUCGACACAGGGAUUGGAUUGUGGAAUCUCCCUGAUUUUCUCAAACAACAAAGUUUGAUUGGCGACAAGCCUGUGGAAGCCGUCGCUACUCACGUUCAUUUUGAUCACUCAGGAGGACUCUAUCAGUUCGAAAACUUCGCCAUUCACAGCCGGGAGGCCGAAGCCAUUCGCCAUGGCAACAACUACGAAACAGUCUCGAUUUUUACAACUACGGCGGAGAUUUCCGUUCUCCCUCACGAGGGAUGGAACAUUCAAGACUACCAUGUGAAAUCAGCUCAGCCAUUCGAAGUUUUAGAAGAAGGAUAUGAAUUUGAUCUUGGAGACCGAAAAUUGCGCGUGCUUCAUUUCCCCGGUCACUCUCGUGGCAGUAUCGGGUUAGUGGAUGAACAAGCAAAGAUAUUGUUUAGUGGUGACACCAUGUACGAUGGAUAUUUAAUCGACUGGCUCCCUUACAGCGACAUUACUGCCUAUGUUCAGACGUGCAGAAGACUACAAGAACUAUCAAGCCAAGUAGAUACAGUUUUUCCCGGCCAUUUUAACUCUUUUGACGGGAAACGACUCCAUUCAUUAGCUACUGAUUACAUCUCCAGGGCAGGGACUUGUCACAAAGUUUCUUCAGCUCUAAUGAAGGGUGUUGCCUCUAUGGUGUUGAAAGCUAAACAUUCUGGUAACAUUCCUGCAAAGUUUUGUUACCACGCUUGCUGCUGCUGCUGCUUCCUGGUGUAAAUUUAGUCAGCCCACUGGGGUAAUAUACAAAUCUCCCUUCUUCUCCCCAACUCCACCCAGAAAAAGGUGUAGUCCCCCUUUACGAGUGAUAGAAUUUCCUUUUCUAUUUUAGGGAUAAAAUUUGUGAAUUUCUGCUUGCUUUUGAGGCUGCAUUAACCUAAAAUGACAACAACUAGUGCUGUAGCAGUACCUCAUAGAGGUCUGAGGUUGUCAGAAAAAUGGUUUAAACUGUAAUUAGAGAAACUUCAUCAAAUUGCCUCUCAUUUUAAAAUUUUCGCUGCUAUUAGCUGUUUGAGAAUUGUUUCCUUUCAGAGAUUAAAACAGAUUUGGGCCAUGCCCACAAAACAAGAUUAGACUUGGCUUCAACUGACUCACUACUAAGAUCUAAAAUUCAGUUCUCCUCACUGUCUAUCAUACAAUUCUUAGUAUUUCAGUGUUGAGAAUUUGGUGUUGAAUCCAACCCAUUCUCACUAAUUUAUGUUUUUCCUUCUCCUUUUAACCUUUCUGCUUGAAAAUGUUGUGAAAUUGUAAGGAGAAUUCUUCUUUGGUCACUCCUGGUGAGUGAGGAGAGUGAGUGAAAGACUUAAAAAGGCUUUUUGAAAUUUUCUUAAAGAUGCCCUGAUAUAUAUCAAUGGGAGAGCAUCUUCCAGUGACAGGAACCCCUUAUAGGACUGGCACUUGAGUCAAAUGUGCUUGUUAGAUAUAUAGUUUCGCUGGAUAGUUUA